CAGCAUGGACGGUUUAGGAGCAGGCACCAGCUUCGACGAAAGUUUGGAUCCCCCCGGCUAUAAUUAUACGUCGACACCUAGCACAUCGGCAAAGCGCUCCAAUACCUCUAGCGCGGCUCUGCAAUCUUCGGCAGAGAAAAUUGUGGAGCAAAUGGAUAGUAUUGUGGAGUUGCGAAAAGCGGAGAUAACUCAGAAAUCCAAGUUCGAACCCCUUUUAAAACACUUGGAGUCACUUCUGGAGCAGUUGCCGCAAAGCACGGCGAAUAUGUUAGGGGCGAAAUUUACGCAAAUGGCCUACGAGGAGGUUGAAAAGCACCAAACAAGUUGCAGCUUGCUUAAGGACGGCGUAGCUACUGCAAAAGCUUAG